AUGCGUCUUUUAAAACAAGUUGAACCAAAACAAAAAAUUUCUUAUUCAAUAACAAAAGAUGUUCAGAUAUAUGUUGGUGAAUUAAUACGUGAAUUUUCUCAACAUAAUUUACGUUUACCAAAUAAACUUGUUUUCUAUCAAGUUGAUCUUGGUAAUGGAUCAUUUCAAACAGUACUUGAUCAUGAAUUAAAAGCUAUUGAAGGAGCAUUUCAAGAAUUAUAUGGUCGUAAUCAAGUUCCUCGCAUUUGUUUUAUUCUCGUUAAACGACAUCAUAAUACACAUUUUUUUACUUGGGAUAAAAUAUCAACUCAAGCAAAAAAUAUUCCGCCAGGAACAGUUAUUGAUACAGAUAUUGUUUCACCAAAUGGUCUUAAUUUUUAUCUUAAUUCUGAUGCACCUAUUCGAGGUACAGCAAAACCAAUGUUUUAUCAAGUUCUACGUAAUGAAAUUGGUUUUACAUCAAAUGAAAUACAAUUACUUACACGUUAUUUAUGUCAUAAUGAUCCACAAUGUACGAAAACAAUAGCAGUACCACUGCCCAUAUAUUAUGCCACAGAUCAUGUGGCAUAUUAUAUAAAUGAUUAUAAUUCUGAACCAAAGGACGUAUUAUGGAACACGAAUGACAAUAAGUUUAAUAAAAACCAAAACCGGCAUGGUGAACAAAUAAAUCUUGAUCUUGAAUCUACUAUGUAUAUUAUGACUUCAGCACGUGAAUCAACAAAUACAUUACAAGACAUUAUUUAUGAUGAACUUACAUUAUGA